AUGGCCGGGUAUCGCUUUUUAAUGCGAUAUUAUGAUUCCGGAGACAAGAUUUACAUGUUUGGGUUUAGCCGUGGCGCCUUUACAGCUAAAUUUCUCGCCCGCAUGAUCCACACUGUCGGUCUGCUAUGCAAAGGUAAUGAGGAGAUGGUACCCUUCGCCUUUCGACUUUACCAGCGUUACCUAGCCGGAGAAAUCGAAGAUUACAUGAUUGAGCGAGAGAUUAAGAAGGCACAAGAGGAUGCUUCUGGCUGCUCACCAGCCGAUGGUGAAGAGGAGCUACUUGCCCCGCCUCUCGCCGCAGAGUCGGCACUUGACGAUGAGGGAAAUCCCGUACAGCCCCGGAAAAAGAAGCGCCACGGCCGUAAGUUCAAAAAGGCCCGUAACGAGAUUACUGCCUUCAGUAAUACGUUUUGCCGGAAAGAAAAGAUCAUCCGGCGCGGAAAAGAGGUCGAGAGUAAUAUCAAAGUCUACUUCCUUGGUAUUUGGGACUGUGUCAAUUCCGUCGCCGUUCUAGAACGGAAGACGCCUGUGCCCGUUCCGGUGAAGGGAACUGCACACUACGUUCGGCAUGCUGUUGCCAUUGAUGAGAGGCGCGUCAAGUUCAAGCCUGCACUUCUUGCCCAGGAUGUCCGCUGCAAGGGUAGUAAGGACGAGGAUAUUAAGGAAGUCUGGUUCCCUGGGUGCCACGGCGAUGUGGGCGGCGGUUGGCCCGCAGAGGAAGACGAUGCGCACGAGGUUGCUAGUACAAUGUCUAUUUGGCAACGCAUUAAGAGCUUCUGGACUACAGACAAGGCAAAGGAGGCUAGCCACGACGUCGCCAAGGACCCUUUCCAGAUGAGUGAUCUCGCACUAGCCUGGAUGAUCCGAGAGGUGGAGAUUGUGGGUCAGAAGGAUCCUGCCGCCGCCGUCAAAUGGUGUAAUAGUGUGAAUGGCUUCAAGCGGCGGUUCAAGAAGAGAAAGGAGCAAGCGUUACGCGGUAGGAUCCAUGAUUCGUUGCAGUUCAGCUCCGGCACGGGUUUUUUACCGUCUUGCUUUGGCAUUUUAUGGUUUGCUGGAGGCUGGAAAAUGAUGCUAAUUAUCAUCCGACCAACAACCACGGCGACAAUGAAGACCCUUGUUUGA